AUGAGGGUGCGAGAGGCGGAUGUUUGGUGGAAUGUUAAAGUUGUGGUCGGACAUCCUUUCGACAUCAAUAAAGUGAGAGUGCAGACUAUGCCCAAACACGCCGCGAGGAGAAAGACCACUUUAACACCGGAACUGUGGAGUGCGCGAAGAAAGACACUUGCGGCUGACAGAAUUCAGAGGACUAUACAAAGGUAUGGGGGCGCCGGUUGUGAUAGUGGUAACGAUAUUUCAAUAGAUUUUUGCCUUGGGCAUUGGGCCAAAAAACAAAAUCCAAAACAUCAGCAUGCACAUGUCAACCUCAAGUAUACGGGACUGGCCUUGUCAGGACUCUUACAUGACAUUCAACGACUGGAGAAAGGACCUCCUAAAUAUAAGCGGCCCAUGGAUUUAUUAAUAAAAGCUGUACGAGAGGGCGUAAUAGAAGGGUGUACAAAGAACAGGAGCGCCACGUGUUGCGAGAUAUUCAUCGACAGAAUGUACUUCAUGACGUACGGUCCUAGAAAGGAAGUUCAUCUCCAGAGCGACUCGCGGGGCCCGCAGCGCGUGCACACGAUCUGGCCGGCGGCUGGCCGGCGUGGCGUAUUGGAAGCCGUGGGGAUCCCGCGACGCGUUUAA